GAAAGGCUCACUCACACACCCUCUAAUCUCCCCAACACUCUACACAGUCCUGCAGCACACAUGCUUAUAAGCACAUACACACACACACCAGAUGACAAUCUUGUCUCUCGUGCACUAAAAAUGCUCUGUUGGGAAUUGUGCUUAGCUCUACUGUUCACUGGCUUCCCAGUGUGGGCUCUUCCUUCAACUAACAUCAAGAUCACACAAGCACUGCCCCUGCAACUGUCAGACUUAAACCAGCCUGUGACAUGUCCACUCUUCUGGACUGAAUUUGAGGGUUAUUGCUACCGUUUCUUCCCCUUGAACCGUACCUGGGCUGAAGCAGACCUGUACUGUGCAGAGUUCUCCAACGGACACAAAUCAGCCAAGCUCACCUCCAUCCACAGCUGGGAAGAAAAUGUCUUUGUCUAUGAUCUUGUGAAUAGCCGUGUACCCGGAAUUCCAACAGAUAUUUGGAUUGGCCUUCAUGACAGAAGACAGGAGGGAACUAUGGAGUGGACAGAUGGGUUAACCUAUGAAUACAGUUAUUGGGAUGGAAACCAGCCAGAUGAUGGCAUCCAUCGAAUCCCUGAGGAGGAGGACUGUGUUGAGAUCUGGUACAGGCAAAACAGUGCACUGAGGUCUUGGAAUGACAACAGUUGUGAUAAAGCUUUUCCAUUCGUCUGUAAGAUUCCUACACUGGAAAACUAACCUCUCACCAAAUCAAAGAUUGAUUAUGCAGUUAUUAAUAGUCAACAAUGACAUCCCGACAUCCCUCAAUCACACUGCAGCAACAAGGUGUCUUCUUGUCUCCAUCGUUGCAGUGACAAUGAGCUCACUCCAACCUGUUAUAACUGCACUCCCCACUUCUCUCCCAUCCACUUCAAUUUCCUGUUCCCCACCCCUCAACGUCCACCCACGCCUGUUAUUGUUAUAGUGCCGGGUUUUCUCAUUCCUCCAGGGCUUGUUCAGAACACCUGAGUCAUGACACACACAUACUUUUGGGAAUAUUUUUCCCCCACCAGAAAUGCUGUUGAUUAUUCACGUUGAUAUUGGAUAUUGAUGUUAAUGCUAUUGUUGUAAAUGAAGUAUCAGUCCAUUCCCAUUCCACCCAGACACCUGCACUUUGCUGGUUUCCACACAGAUAGUGUGAGUUGCACAAAGGGAGUUAUAGAGACUUCAGACUGAACUCUAAGUUUGCGGAUAUUUUUUAAGUAAAACUGAGAUCCCCGCCCUUCACUAGAUGCCUGUUCUUGCUGUGAGGACAUUAUUUGCUUGUUUUCAAAUUGUGUUUGCCAGAGACCCCAGGAUUCGAUAGCUGAUAACGUCUUAUGGUCUGACUUAAUAUAUAGGUUGAAUUUACAAAUUAACAUUAUUUUCUGAAUUUCUGAAAUAAUCCAUGUUAUCCCAGCAUGAUUUGAAAAUAUUCCAAGAGCAUCCUGUGUGACUUUUCAAACAAGAGUUAAUAUGGUUAUUUGCAAAAUCUUAAACAUUUCUUAUUACUUUUACAUUAUAACAGUUGUUUGUAUAAAGGUUUUAUAUGAUGGUCAUAUUUUUAACAAGUUUCACUCUUGAGGUAUAUAAUUAGUCCUGAGUCUUGCUUUAGCCUGUCAUCCAGAGUGCUGUCAAUGUUCAUCUGUGCACAAUGAUCUACACUGACCUAAGAGGUGAGAAUGUGAAAGAGUAGGGAUUUAAGUCUUUGUUGACAAAAAGACAGAGAGAGCUUAACCUUAGUCUGACAGAUGACCUUUUAUUCUUCUGUCUCCAGCUCAUGGACUGUGCCAAUUAGUGAUUGCAAAAUCUUUGUUCCUUUCCAUACAGCUCUGUCAGUUAACAGCCUUAUUGUCUCUCAAUACUUACAGCAUGCCAUUUAUGCAUAUCAUUAAUCAAGGUCCAAGUUUUUGAGUUCAGCAGAGAGAGAUUUUAAAGAGCACCUGUUAUGGUUUUUCAAAUAUUACCUUUCAUGCAGUGUGUUAUAUAGCUGUUUGUGAAUGUAAAAAAGUCUGCAAAGUUUCCAAAAUCAAAGUACACGACAAAUGGUGUUAUUGACUCCCAAAAGAAAGAACCGAUUCUGAACACCUGAAACGAGUCGUUAGUAAUUCCAGACUUACUUCCUGUACUAACCUAUGUAAUUUGGUAACAGAAAACCCGCCUCUGGUCUUCAUUGGCUGCUCGCGAACAUCUUUGACCCGCCCUCAAACACUACAAUAAUUGGUUGACCAAUCACAACAGACUGGGACAUCUGGCCAAUCAGAGCAGAGUAGGCUCUCUGAAAGGAAAAGUUUAGAAUGAAUCCUUUAGAACGGAUCAUUGAACAAGUCGUUUUUGACACUGAAAAAAAAAAAAAAAGGUAAUGCUGCAAUUUAAAUUAUGAGCAAAUUCAAGUGUUUUUUUUUACCUUGAAUGCAUGUAAAUCUAUUGUAUGAGACCUUUAAAACUAAAUUAGGCACGUUAAAAAACCAUAAUAGGUGUUCUUUAAGUUGACUGUCACCGCAGAUGGGGGCCCUUUUCUGCCUCUCCAGGAGGGAAUUUAGUAAAAAAUGGCUGUUUGCCCAUGACACAGUGCCUGGGUAUUCCUGUCAUAUAACAUCCAUUCUGAAAUAUGUCAAGAGUAUUUUAGUUUUUACAUUUGGUCUCAUAUGAACGUAAACAUGGUAAUUUUAAUCAUUAUGUGCCAGACAUAGACCCAGGACUCAUGAAGACAGCAAGGUUAAGCUGUUCCCCUAUUGCUGAAGAGAGCAAUCAAGUGACUAAUCUCUUGGCCUUAUAGUCCUCAGAGGAAACAUUUAUACACAAACAAGCCCUGAAUCAUUUUAGUGAUUAAAUUAGUGCAAUGCCUGAGUCAUCACUGUGGUUGUAAAAUGUAGAUAUUUUUCAAUAACAGAAUUCAGAUAUGAUAACCUCAGUAUUUUGUUGAACUCAGUUUUCCAUUUCUUAACGGCAUCAUUUUUCAAGUAUGCGAUACUAGAGAGUGUUUUCAAAAGUCUCUAUUUUCAGUGGAGGAAAAUCCAUGCGUUUCAGUCAGAAACGUAUUCAUUAAUUCAGGCUCAAGAAACAAGAAACAUUAGCAUGGCUACAGUGUCAACAUAGGGUGCUUCCCAAUCGGAAAGCUGCAGCCUAAUUAGGCUGGUUAUCUCAGCUGCUACAUUAUCAAGCAGCAUCAAAGGCCAUCUCAGUUGUGAGGACCCUUGGAAGGCAGCCUCGUUUUGCAGCAUUCGUUCACCAUAUUUUGGAGGAUGCAUAAAGUGCAUCCUUCACUACCUUAAGUCACCCACAAUCCCUUGAACAGAUCCCAAUUUAUAAAAAAAAUAUAGCAGAAAACGAGUCGGUACAGCGCUCACCCGAGUUUGUUAAGAAAUGCAUUGCAAACUGUUACUUCGUGUACUUAUCUGUUUUUGGAGGUGGAGGCAUUGAUGCCCAUAAUGUAUGACUGACAAACCACUGGUAAUGUGUAUUAGAUAUGCAACGGUUUCACAAUAUACCACGGUUGUUUAUAGACGGUUGUCAUAUGAAAAUUUCCAUUAAACUUUUGUCAAAGACAUGGCCUGGCAGGUAGAGUGUGUGUUCCCGUUGUGUUACGUGCUAGCAGCCCGAGUUUGAAUCUGGUUUGGGUUAAGGUUAAUUUGAGGUUGAAGUUUGGGGUUAGCAUUAAGUUUUCAGUUUAGGCUACAGUUCAAAUUUUGUAUUAAAACCAUAUAUUUAAACUUACGUAUGGAUUACCUUUAGGCGUAUGGAUUACCUUUAUGCUGCCUUUAUGUCCUUUUUGGAGCUUGGAAGUGUUGGUCCCCAUUGACUUCCAUUGUAUAAAUACCUGUAUAUUUAGAUCAUAUCUCAAUCAAAAUAUCUGCGUUUGUGUUCUGCAGACGAAAGAAAAUCAUAAGAGUUUGAGACGAUGAUGAGAGAAUUCAAAUUUUUAAGCUUUAAGCAUAAGCCAGCUGAGAGGAUAGUGUCAAAAACAGUAGCUGGCAUUAUGUUAGUAGCCUGCCUUCAGUUAAAGUAAUCAUAAGGCUAUUAAACCUAUGGAAAUGUUCUGUAGAAAACUUUAAAGAAUGACCAAACAAUAUUCAAAUCCAUUGAUACAGAAUAAAUCAGUUCACAGGAAUAGACAGAAAUGACAAAGCAUACUGAGGACAAAGGGAGAAGCCUAGUAACAAACAUAACUUUAAUGCAAUGUGAAACAUCUUUCCAAAAAAAUGUUUCAUCACUCUGAAUGAAUCACACAUUUCAAUCUCUGUUUAAUAGACCUUCAAAGGGAUUCUGCUGAUCAGUUACACAGGUCUGCUUUGUUUCUUCUCACACUCUACCAAACUGUACACAUAAGACUCAUAUCUCAAUAAACCAUCACACAAAGAGCAGCAUCAUAACACACUCUCAGAGGUUUCAGAGCAGACAAGGAGAGUGGAUUAAAUGUUUGUGGAUUAAAAUAAAGACAUAGUUAAAAACAGCCACCUUUGAAACAGAAAUGUUGAGUCAGUGAAGUCAUUUCAACAGCUUUUCAUUUUUAAUCAUUUUCAUUUUCUUUCCAUGUUUUUCUUCUAUAUUGCAACAUGAAUUGCAAUUUAAGUUAUUAAAUAUAUGCAGAUAUGCUUGCAGAGAUAAACAUAUAUAUAUUAUUAUAUGCAUUUAUAAUCUAAAUAAAUAAAUAUCUUCACUGGAACAGCAUCAUUAUUAUUAUGUAUUAUUACCACUCCAAUCAUUUUGACUGUCAUCUACAUUAAUAUUAACACUGGUGGAAUCAUAAAAUUGACUCUUGACCUGAAACAACCACUUAGCACACACAGGUCACACAGGUCACACAAGAAAGAAGACAGAUACAGAAAUGUUUCUGAUUGCACUUAGAUUCUAUGCUAAAUAUGUAUAUUUUCCCCAGUCAUAUCAUCCUAUUUAUGCCUAUAUAAUGUAUAGACAAUUGACAAUUGAGAAGUAAAGACAAAAUACAUCUCCAACAUGUCGCUUAUACAACAUAUGGACUGAAUUUGGCAAAAGCAUUUGACUAGGAGUGACUGUAACAGUUUGUAGAGAAAUACAUGUAUCUGCACCUUGUUGGCAUGGCACUAUAUUGCCCAAAAUAUAUUUUCUGCUAUGGACAUUAACACUAAUGCAUUUUUACAUGGGUAUACAGACCUCAGCUGCCAUAAGUGCCAACAUUUACCAAAUGUACACACACUCACAAACACUUAAAGGGAUAGUUAACCCCAAAAUGAAAAUUCAUUCAUCAUUUCCUCACCCUCAUGUUAUUCCAAACCAUAUGAAUGUUAGCCUCAUACAGGUUUGGAACAACAUGAUGUAACAUCUGAGGUUUUUACCCCUCCUACCAACCACCAGAGGGAGCCCUCUCCCGAAUAUUAACUCUGUUCUGUUUCUUCUUUGGUGACUUCCUGUUUAAACUAUAUAAAUACCAUGCUGUUCCAUUUUGACUUUGCGAAGUAUUGCCAGUUUACCCUGCCUUACCAAGCGUUUUUCCAUUGCCUUUGCUGAUUGUUUUCGUGUUAUGACCAUUGCCUGUUUUCCUGGGUUUACUGCCUUUUAGAUACCCCUUUGUUUUGUUUGCCUUGUUGGACUGUCUUUUUGGUUUAUUGGAUUAUACCGCUUGCUUUACGACUACCUCUGUUUGCCUGCCGAUUUGGAUUGUUUGCUUGUGUUCGUAAUAAACUUCCAGCACAUGGAUCCUAACACCAUCUCCAUGGCCAGUUCAUUACACAUGAGGGUGAAUAAAGGAUGCAAAUUUUGGGAUGAACUGUUCUUAUAAACACAACUGAAGGUGAAAAUGUGCAUGGAAAAAAGUGAUACAGAUCACUAAACACAAACUUUGGUGUAAAAUGUUAACUUUAAAUAAUCAUACCUGCAGGAAAUAAAAAAAAAAUAUUGUGCCACCACAGGAUUUGGACUGAUUUCCAACUUCUUCAAUAACUGAUUAUCAGUAAUCAUAUGAAAUGAUUAAAACAUUGCAUCCCAGCCAAGUGGUUAGGUGUGGUCUCGGCCGCCUAUAGCUUCCUGAGCAGCCUGAAUGUAGCUGAGGGUCAGAUGAUUAAAUUGAGUUCUUGUAAGGUGGUAUCAAUGUGAUAAAAAGAAAACAUGGACAGCAGGCUUCUGCUCAUAGUUAUGAAUGGAAAAACACUUUGCGGUCUUUUCUACCCUGCUGAGAAGACCACCUUGGGUGCUGGUGCCAUCAGGCUUCUUAUCUCGCUUAAUUGGCAAGAUGUCCUUUUGUCAACCAGCUUCAGCACUUAGGUUUCGCUCCACCACCUUAAAGGGUUAGUUCACCCAAAAAUGAAUUCUUUAUUCUGCAGGGUGCAAAUGAAGAUUUUUAGGAAAAUAUCUAAUCUCUGUAGGAUACAAUACAAGUGAAUGGUGACCAGAACUUUCAAGCUCGUAAAAUAGCAUGAAGGCAGCAUAAAAGUA